UAUAGAUAUCCAAUUUAGUACAUUACCACAACAAGCAAAAACCCCUUAACUGUACCACUUCUUUAUAAAUGGACCAACUUAUUGAAUAUUCAUCACUGAUGUUAGCUUCAAAUAAUCCGAAAAAGCCAGCUGGCAGGAAGAAGUUUUGCGAAACUCGACAUCCAGUAUACAGGGGAGUCAGGAUGAGGAAUUCCGGAAAAUGGGUCUGCGAAGUCAGAGAACCAAAUAAGAAAUCAAGGAUUUGGCUUGGUACUUUUCCAACCGUAGAAAUGGCGGCUAGAGCUCAUGAUGUAGCGGCUAUAGCAUUAAGGGGUAGUACUGCUUGCUUAAAUUUCGCUGACUCUGCUUGGAGGUUGCCAAUCCCGGCUUCCUCAGACACCAAGGAUAUUCAAAGGGCAGCCGCUGAGGCUGCCCAAGCCUUCCGACCAUCAGUAGAGUCGGAAGGAGUUUUAGGAGAAUCUGCUAGCAGUACUACUUCUGAAAUGCGAAAAAAUGCGUUCUUCAUGGACGAGGAAGAGCUCUUUUACAUGCCGGGAUUACUUACGAAUAUGGCGGAAGGACUAAUGCUACCUCCACCACAAUGUUUAGAAAUCGGAAACCAUUAUGUGGAAGCUGAUGAUGCUUACAUAUCUUUAUGGAAUUAUUCUUUAUAAAUAAUUAUUACUUCUUUGACUGUAAAUAUAUAUGCAAUGGAAAUGCUCCCUAAAAGAGAGCAUGUUUAGGAGAUAUUCCUAACUUAAUUUCUUUCUCAAUAAUUGGAUGGUACGGAUGUAGACAAGUAAAUUAGUAUUAAAAUAUACUUCAUCUAUCUAUCGGGCCUAAAAUAAUCCUG